AUGUUGCUAACACUAGAAGCUGUGAGUGCAGAAUUAUGGGCUGCAAGUGCGGCCCCAACAACGGCCAUGCGUUCAAUGAUUUCAGCCAGAAGAGGUUGUUCGCUGCUCGACAAUAUCAUCAGCACAUCGAUGCCCGAUGUUUCCUCCACUACAGCAGCAAAGCUUUCUACAAAGCGUACCAACGCCGCUGCAAUAGGCUCCCUUAGCGUUGCGCCCGCAAGAUGGGCCGCGAGCGAACGCCCCAUGCGUCCAGCCGCAAAUGAUGGCAAAGACAUCGAUGUUGAUGAACCAUUGGGUAUAGGUGCGGAUGCUGGACCGGAUAUCGAUGGAUCCAUCGUCAAUGAUGUGGCUGUGACAAUACCGACAGUGGCCAUGCGUAAGAGCACAUCGCGCGUGAUAACAGUACGCACGGCGGCCUCCCAAGAAAGCAAUAAGACGCCAAGAAGCCCAGGCGCACCUGGUGCCGCAACCUCAAGCUGCAAUGCUGUAGCCUUGCGCUCACCACCGGCCGGCGUGUGCAAAAUACUCAGGGCCUCGCCCAAGGCGCUUAGAAACGGUCGCCCAAUGGUGCUACUCAGGUUUAGUGCUGCUGCUGCUGCAAGCACUGCCGCGUCCAUCGAUGCUCGUUUCACAGAUGUAUAUGAAGAAGUAGAUGGAGGUAUCGAUGACGAUGACGAUGAUGAUGAUAAAGAGGAGGUGAUCGAUGCUGAAGAAGUGCCACUGGUCGUCGCAGUACAUCCGGUCACCAGUUCAGCCGCAGGUGAUGAGCCGCUGCCGCGCCAAAUGUCCAGCGAACGUCGUGGCAUCCCCAACAACUUGGCUGCCUCCACAGCCAUUGGCAGCGCAGGUGCAACCGCGUUUUCUCGCAGCAAAUUUAGCGUACGAAAGAGACCUUCAAUCUCAAAGCGCAGAUUAAGCCGCAACACACGCUCGCCUUCUGAAUAA